UACUACAGUUCUAUUUUGAAAGUCUCAUGCCGGAAGCGAGUGCGUGACUCACGCUAACUUCACAAAACAGCUAGCGAGCAGGCAGGCGGCGAGAAGCUCGGCAUCUAAAAAGCGACUUGGAAAAACUACUUAACGAGCUCCUAAUCUUGGUUGAAGAGGACAUCACACCAGCAUGAGCCAGGAGUCAGUGGAGUCUGAUGGAGGCUGUGCUCAGGAUGUAUCCGACUUCAAUUGGGACGACUAUUUGGAAGAGACCGGCGCUGCGUCUGUGCCUCAUCACGCCUUUAAACAUGUGGACCAGGGUUUGCAGACAGGCUUGACUCCAGGCAUGAAGCUGGAGGUGUGUGUUCGCUCGGAGGCGGACAGUCCUUACUGGGUGGCAAGCAUCAUCACGACAUGUGGCCAGCUGCUGCUGCUCCGCUAUGAAGGAUACCAGGAUAAUCGCAGCGCUGACUUCUGGUGUGACACCAUGACAGCCGACUUGCACCCACUAGGCUGGAGCCGGCAGCAUGGCAAGAUCAUGAGAGCCCCUGAAGGUGUGCGUGAAAAGCACCAGGACUGGGAGGCUUUACUUGAGAAGGUCCUGGCUGAGGAGCGCAGCGUGCCUGCCAACCUGCUGGAACUGCCUCAGCGUGGUCGGGACCCAAUGGAGCUGCUGAGUGCCGGCUGCUAUGUGGAGCUCCAGGACAGUGUUGACCCGGGGCUAGCCUGGGCCGCUGAGGUAGAGGAGAAUGUCGGGGGAAGGCUGAAGCUCCGGCUGGUCGGGACAGAGAACCUCCCGGACACACCCGCAACCCUUUGGCUCUUUUACCUCCACCCACGCCUCCACCCACCCGGCUGGGCUCAAGAGCACGGUUGCACCCUCAGGCCUCCUCCUGAGCUGUUGGGCCUGCGAACAGAGGCAGAGUGGGAGGACGUGAGGCAGAGGAUCAUUGAACCUCAAGAUGUAGCUCUGACUGUGGAGCUCAAUAAGGACCAGCCUGCCAUUGCUGCUCAUUGUUUCAAAGAAGGGAUGAAAUUGGAAGCAGUCAACCCUGCUGCUCCCAUCUCUAUCAGGCCGGCCACUGUCGCCAAGGUGUUCAAUGAGCAGUACUUCCUGAUGACAAUGGAUGACCUUUGUGGUAUUGAGGAGUUUGAAGGCUAUGGGCGCUCCUUCCUGUGCCACAGAGAUAGUCCAGGGAUCUUUCCUGCUCAAUGGAGUCUCAAAAAUGGACUCCCUCUCAGCCCGCCACCAGGCUACCAGGGUCCAGACUUUGACUGGGCCGAUUAUCUAAAACAGUGUGAGGCCGAAGCAGCUCCUCAGCACUGCUUCCCAACUGAAACGGGUGAACAUAGCUUUGAAGAGUCUAUGAAACUGGAAGCUGUCAAUCCGCUGUCACCAGAGAACAUUCACGUGGCAACAGUCACCAGGGUGAAAGGGCAAUAUAUUUGGCUCAGCCUGGAAGGUCUGAAGCAGCCCAUGCCAGAGUUGACCAUUCAUGUGGACUCGCUGGACAUCUUCCCUGUAAGCUGGUGUGAGACAAACGGCUAUCCUCUCGUGUACCCCAUCAAGCCCUCAGUGGAAAAUGAGAGGAAGAUUGCUGUGGUGCAGCCUGAGAAACAUCGAGCGCCACCAAAGUCGUCAUCACCUGACACUGUUAAGCAGCAGAUGGCAAAUCAGCCAGAGGCUGGACAUGGAAAUGGAAAAUACUGCUGUCCCAAGAUCUACUUCAACCAUCGCUGCUUCUCCGGGCCAUACCUUAAUAAGGGACGCAUAGCUGAGCUGCCUCAGUUCAUUGGCCCUGGAAACUGCGUCCUCGUGAUCAAAGAGGUUUUGACUCUUCUGAUCAACUCUGCAUACAAGCCAAGCCGCGUGCUGAGGGAGUUGCAGCUGGAUCAGGAGAGUCGCUGGCAAGGCCAUGGGGAGACUCUCAAAGCCAAAUACAAGGGAAAGAGCUACCGAGCUACAGUGGAAAUUGUCCGCACAGCAGAUCGUGUGGCAGACUUCUGCAGGAAGACCUGCAUCAAGUUAGAGUGCUGUCCCAACCUGUUUGGACCUCGCAUGGUUCUGGAGCGCUGCUCAGAGAACUGCUCCGUCCUCACCAAGACCAAAUACACAUAUUACUACGGCAAGAAGAAGAGCAAACGCGUGGGCCGCCCGCCUGGAGGCUACUCAGUCCCCGAGGCCGGAGUGAAAAGAAGAGGGAGGAGGAGGAAGAGAAGGAAGCAGCUCUUUGUCCAUAAAAAGAGACGCUCUUCAACGUCUGUAGAUAAUACACCCGCUGGCUCUCCACAGGGCAGUGGCGAAGAAGAAGAUCUUGAUGAAGACGACUCCCUAAGCGAAGACUCUGGUUCAGAACUGCAAGAAGAUGAUUCCGAACAGUCGGUAGAAAAGUCUCAGCCCCCUACACCGUCCCCAUCCCCACCUGCAACGCCCAGGCCCACACGGCGGCGCCGGAAACCCCGCUCGCCCUCUUUCUCAGACGAUGAGAACCACCCUCCGUCACCAAAGACGUCAAAGACAGAGCCUCCUCAAAAGUUGUGCUUUGACACUAGCCCCCUGGAGUGGAGCGUGACUGAUGUGGUUCGUUUCAUCAGGACUACUGACUGCGCACCUCUUGCACGCAUUUUCAUGGAUCAAGAGAUCGACGGACAGGCUCUCCUGCUCCUCAACCUGCCAACUGUGCAGGAGUGUAUGGACCUGAAGCUGGGACCGGCCAUCAAGCUGUGCCACCACAUUGAAAGGGUCAAAUUGGCAUUUUAUCAACAAUUUGCCACGUAGCUGAAGGACAAUAAAUAAACGAGGGACUAUUUAUUAAUACUUUAAAAACACUGUCAUGUCCCAUUUUGACCUUGCUUACACUGGAUGUCUUGAACCCUGCACAUGACCAUGUGAUGUUGGACAACAAUAGAAGAGAGCUGGGAAGAGCAACAUCAACACUGAGAUUUCUGGGUGUUAAAAAAAAAAAGUACAAAGAGCUGCACAAGGUAAAUAAAACACACAACCAGCCCUCUUCAGAUAAGGACUGAAAUUAAACGAAUUGUUGCCCUGAACCCUUUUAGUAAGUUUAAAAGCCUUUAUUAAAUUAAAUUUGUUUUGAAUACAAGGUGAUUUUUGAGGCUGUGAAGCUUACGUUUUCAUGGCAGGUUUUAGAAAAGGCUUUUUAACUAUUUUUUUUUCUUGUCUUCUGAGUGCUCCAACACCUGCCACCACCAUUUUAUUUUUUAUUUUGUUGUUACGCCAAUAUAUUGUCAUACAUGCUUGUGAUUAUGUGAUAUUGCUGUGUCAAGGAAGAAAGUAUCGAGCCCCCCAAAAUCUGGUACGCUCACAUUCACUAGUCCAAUUCAAGUGUAAAGAACAUUGGUGUCAACAUUUAUCUUGCACCUCAGAAGUGAUACCCUUUGACGACUAAGUUGCAUUUUGUCACAGUGAUGAAAAACAUUUCUCAAUAUGAAGCCAACUACAGUACAUACACUUUGCGUAAAUAUAUUGAAAUGAUCGUGGUAGGGAAUUUCAUUGACUGAUAUUGUCUGCUCUCAGUGAGGAAAACGCUAAUAGUUUUCUAGUUGUGUUGUGAUACAAUGGUAAGUAAAACCAUGCACCGCAUAGCAAUACAGAUGUGACUGGGUGGUUGUAUAUAGUGUAUACAAAUAUCUCGAGUGUAUCAGGGUAAUUAAAUGAAAUUUGAUAAAAGUAAAUACUCUUACUAAGCAACGUGGAAAUGCUCUAAAUAUUCACUAUAUUUGCACAGAAUAGUUUCAUUCUCUUUUUCAAUUAAACAUUGUUUAUUUGGAGCAAUAUUCCAGAGAUUAUUUGAGCCAAUUUACACCAUAAUUUAUUUUGGAAUGACCUCAACGUGAGCAGCAAAUAAAUCGACAGAUUGAAAACAAUGGGAUGCUUUUUGAAGAAAAAACAACAACAACAACCCUUCCUUUAACCUGUCUUUGUAAUGUUAUCAGUUGUGAUGUUAUGUUAAGUGUUUCGAAAGAAAAAGAAAAGGUUCUGUUGAUUAUUUUGUCGUCUAUUGUUACUCAAUACAAUUAAUUAAUAUUGAAAGAAAACACUGCAAUAAAAAAAAAAC